CAAGAGCAAGAACCCCAAACUAAACCAUGCGUGCAAAAGUAAAAUCGAGCAACGGUACGGUACGAAUGAUACAAUGGUUGUCCAGUGUCGAGUGGUCUAUUUGGUUGCAAUUUUACUCUAUUGUUUAUUUUUACAAAUUAAAUCUCGUGAAGUUACUAACAAACCAAAUAUUGUACUUUUAAUGGCUGACGAUCUUGGGUAUGGUGAUCUGUCUUCCUACGGGCAUCCUACACAAGAAUAUGGUGCUAUCGAUACUCUUGCAGCCGAGGGCAUUCGUUUCACACAGUGGUUAACCGCAAGUUCCCUCUGCACGCCGAGCAGGGCGGCUCUUGGAUGAAUGAGUUUCACAAUGAUGAUGGCCGUCAUCUUCCUAUUCACCAUGGAUUUGACACCGUGGGCUACAACAUACCCUUUACAAACCACUGGCAGUGUGAUGAUACUGGUGUACAUCUAGAGCAUCCACUGCGUUCAAUAUGUUUUUUGUACUAUAACACGACAAUAGUUCAACAACCUGUGAAACUACAACAGUUGACAUCCUUGCUGGUAUUAGAUGCAAAAGCCUUCAUCCAUGAAAAUCAAGAUCACCCUUUUUUCUUCUAUUUCUCGUUCAUUAAUGUCCAUGAUGCAAUGUUUGCUGGUGACAAAUUCAAAGGAAAAUCAAAACGAGGUAUAUACGGAGACUGUGUAAAUGAUAUGAGUUGGGCUGUUGGGGAGGUCAUUGACACAUUAAAACAGUUAAGUCUUGAGAAUAAUACUCUCGUGCUGUUUACCUCAGACCACGGACCACACACAGAACUCUGCAAUGAGGGAGGGGUAGCAGGUUCAUUCAAAGGUGGCAAAGGCUCAACAUGGGAAGGAGGAUUUCGAGUUCCAGGCAUUGCAUGGUGGCCUGGGACAAUAAAGCCUGGUCAAACAUCAACUGCAGUUAUAAGCAGUCUGGACCUAUAUCCCACAAUUCUUGAUAUGAUCAAUGGCAGCGUAUCUGAUGAUGUAACCUACGAUGGACAGAGUGUAAAAGAUGCCAUAUUGGAAAAUACCGACACAGGUACAAGGGUGUUAUUCUAUUAUUGCAGUGAUAGAUUGAAUGCUGUACGAUAUGGGCCGUAUAAAUUUCAUUUUUUUACGUGCGAAGAAUAUAACCCUGCCAUUCACAAGGUUUGCAAACAUGGAGUACCUCAAGAAAACUUCUAUCAAUGCUUACCAUGCGAUGGUAAGAGUAUCAAAGUUCAUGACCCACCAAUCAUGUUCAACGUUGAACAGGAUCCAAGUGAACUCUAUCCGCUAGAUAUUAAUCGUCACAGUGAUAUUCUGGAGAAAGUGGUAGAGGCGCUUCUGAGCCACAAGGAGACACUAACCGUGCGACCUUCAUUACUCGUGACCUCUAUACCUAGUCUGCAUCCUUGCUGUAACCCACCUUAUUGCACGUGUGAUAAGACCAAACUUAGCUGGCAGACUUGUGAUGCAAAGCAAUAAAUUUAUAUAAAGUUCUAUUAAAUUAUAUAUAUCAUUAUAUAAUUUAUAUUUAUUCACGAUUACUUUGCCUACACAAUUCGUAAAGAAAUAUUUUUUUUUAAGUUGGUUUGAACAACUUUACUACAGAGUAGUCAAUGAAGAUUGAUGAAAUUUCAUUGCUGAAAGCUCUGUAAUUGCUUGCAAUAAUUCUUACUUUAGUUUAUAUAUUUUUGUUCUUAUUGGAAAUCAUACAUUUUUGCCAAAAGCAUGUCUAAUUGUUAGCCAGUACGAAAAAAGGAACAUUGAGGUACCAUUUUAUUUUUACAACUAAAACUUUUCAUGUUUUUUAUAUAAAUUUUUAAGAAUUUUAAAUAUAUAUAAUAUAUUGUUUUAACAAAAAUUUCAAUGUAUACACAAUUUGGCCGUGAGACUAA